AUGGCAGGAGGCGCGGCGCGGUUCCUGCGGCGCGCGAGCGGGCGGGGCCUGAUGCUGCGGGAGCCGUCGGUACGGGUGCGCGAGGCGGCGGCGCAGCAGCUGGAGGAGCGCCAGAGCGACUGGGCCUACUCGAAGCCCGUGAUCGCGCUCGACAUGCUCUGGAACGCUGCUUUCGUCGGGAUCGCGAUCGCCGUUCUGGCGCUGAGCGCCGCGGAGGACCCGUCCGUGCCGCUGAGGGUGUGGAUUAUCGGCUACGCCUUCCAGUGCGCGGUCCACAUGGCAUGCGUGGUGGCCGAGUACCGGCGGAGGCUGCACGAGGCUCGCUUGGCAGAAAUGGAGGCGUCUCGGGGGUGGGAGAGCGGCGGGGAUUUGAAUUCGAAUUCUGGUUCCGGAAGUGAUGCGGAGGAUUACGCGGCUGAGGACGAUUCGGAUGAUAGUUUAGAUGGAAACAGUCUUGCAAAGAAUCUGGAGUCUGCCAACACAAUGUUUUCAUUUAUAUGGUGGAUUGUUGGGUUCUACUGGGUGACAGCCGGCGGUGACAAUUUGGUAACUGAUGCGCCGCAGUUAUACUGGCUUUCUGUUCUUUUUCUUGCUUUUGAUGUGGUUUUUGUUAUGAUCUGCGUUGCAGUCGCGUGCCUUAUUGGCAUUGCCAUUUGCUGUUGUCUCCCAUGCAUAAUUGCAAUCUUAUAUGUUGUCACAGAUCAGGAAGGAGCAACAAAAGAAGAUAUUGAUCGAUUGCCAAAGUUCAAGUUCCGCAAGAUAUCUAAUUUCGAGAAAGUUAAUGGAGAGAUCCAAGAAUCUUUUGGAGGAGUAAUGAUUGACUGCAACACUGAUCCACCGAUUGAACGCGUUCUUUCUCGAGAAGAUGCUGAAUGCUGCAUUUGUCUCUCUGCGUACGAUGAUGGGACCGAACUGCGUGAGCUUCCUUGCCAUCACCAUUUUCACUGUUCCUGCAUAGACAAGUGGUUACAUAUAAACGCAAUAUGCCCUCUGUGCAAGUUCAACAUUUUGAAGCCUGGUGGCGAAGAAGUAUGAAACCUCCAGUUUACUUUCUGCAUAUACUAGGAAACUGUUUUCGUUUUGUCUGUACAACACAAGUACCUUCCCUUCCGGAGAUGGCUUCGCAUGAGAAUCGCCAUCCAUGCAAACUUUUGUUUUGUUUUGUUAGUACUGUUAUUAUUGUCGUUGAAUAUUAUACGAGGUUUGGUAUAGAUUUGGUAUUCCCAGAUGAGAAAUUUAGUAUACA